AUUGCUCAAAGGAGCAGGACGCGGCCACAGCGGCGGGAAGCAAAUGAUCUACAAGCACUUCCCUUCAAACAAAGUUCACUCGCAUACGCAGAUGCCACUGCAGUGGCAACAUCACCUCUCACCAGGCCAAGGGGAACUCUACCUGGAGUAACUGGAAAAGGGAAUAAGAUUACGAAAGGAAGACUGAUUUUCUCCCGGGUUUACGCAUAGAGGCUAUUAUAGUUUUAUUUGUCUUACUAUUCAUUUGACUUGAAAAGAUAGAUAAUUAGACAUCGCACAAGACGCACCUGGAUUUCCAAAAGUAACCGAUGACCAAAAGUAAUGCGCACGUGAACUGCUCAUCAGUGGUCAAUGGGACAGACGUUAUAUUACAGUGUUGUACAAGUUGCAUGAUCACUGGCCAGAGACUCAUUUGGAUGUUUUUUUCGGAUGCACUGAAGGAAUACACAGAAAGCUUGGUCAAAACUAAGUGAACAUCACACAUUUAAGUCCAGUUUGUAGCUUUUACGCAUUGCUGUCAGCUGCAGAUUAUUGUAUCAGUUGUCAAACUUCACGGGAACCUGCCCCGGGCGAAUGGGAGCGCCCUCCAGGUCCGUACUGCGCAUGUCAGAGCGCUGGACAGCUCCAAAGAGGGAAAUUUAAAAACGGUUUUGGAGCGUCAAGGGCAACACACAGAAUACACUACAGGGAGUCACGGGCGGCUCACACAAUCUGCAUUAUCACCAGAAAGAGCACCACCCAUCACAGGAAAUGAUAGAAGGUGGGAUCACUUCAAGGAUGUCGGGAAUUAUAGAAAAUGCUGGGCAUCAUCCAUCUCCACAGGACUACAGACUCCUGACCACGGACCCCUCCCAGCUCAGAGAAGAGGACCUCCCUGGGGACCUGCAGUCUCUGUCAUGGCUUACCUCAGUGGAUGUGCCCCGGUUACAGCAGAUGGCCGAUGGCAGAGACCACAACAACGGCAGUUUGCUGCAGCAGCAGACAGCUCAGAUAAACAGCAUGCCCAUGACUGGACAAAGCUCCAUGCUUCAUCUUCAGAGCAACAUGCAGCACAGCCCCCUGGGAAUCAGCAUCAUUAACAGCCACACUGGAAGUAUGUCUCCUUUCUCCAUGAGUGGUGUACCCUCUCCUGGGUACCAAUGCCCUACCUCAGUGUAUCAGCCUACACAACAAGUGUAUUCACUAGCUCAAAGUGGACAACAGUGUUCAGCUGGUGGAUUAUACAGCAAUGUCUCUUUUGCCAACCAAAGUAUCUACACACAACCACGCAUCGCUCCUCAAGAGCAGGAACUGCAACCCAAAACAUUUCCCAAACCCAUUUAUUCUUACAGCUGUUUAAUUGCCAUGGCAUUAAAAAACAGUAAAACUGGCAGCCUACCAGUUAGUGAGAUCUAUAGCUUUAUGAAGGAGCACUUUCCCUAUUUUAAGACUGCACCUGAUGGUUGGAAAAAUUCAGUGAGACACAACCUUUCUUUAAAUAAAUGCUUUGAAAAAGUUGAGAACAAGGCAAGCAGCUCAUCCCGCAAAGGUUGUCUUUGGGCACUGAACCCUGCCAAAAUUGACAAGAUGGAGGAAGAGAUGCAGAAGUGGAAACGUAAGGACCUUCCAGCUAUCCGCCGCAGCAUGGCUAACCCUGAUGAACUGGAUAAAUUGAUCACUGACCGUCCUGAAAACUGCAGACGUAAAGCUUUAGACCCCAGCAUGACACGGUUGCCCACUGGUCCCCCAGUCCUACCAAUGGCCGCCCCAACACACCUGCAGUGCCAGCCUAUAGUCACUUUGUCGCUGCCCUGUUUGCCAAUGCACCAGCACCAUCAGCUCCACUCAAAGCUGCAGACUCGAUUACAGCCCAUGUCCCCUGCCCCAGCACAGACCCCGCCUCUACAUGUAGUACCUGAUGUCUCCCACAGUCCGCUUGCCCAUCAGCCCACCAAACCACCAGAUGAUUUCUAUUCUGUGCAGGCUGACACACACACAGAGGUAGACACACUGGAUCCUAGCAUCAUGGACUUUGCUUUUCAAGGUAAUAUUUGGGAAGAAAUGAAAGAUGACAGCUUUAACUUAGACGCACUGGGCAGCUUCAGUAACUCUCCAUUACGACUUUCAGACUGUGACCUGGGAUCAGCCAGUGUCCCUCUGGGUUCUAACACAUCAAACCUGCCUGAUGUGCAAGUGACCGGCCUGUACACUUCCUAUCCGCCCCAGGAGCCAUCCUCCCCCCAGUACACCCAUACAGGUGCAACAAGCAAACCCAUAAUUUUACUUUGAAGUCAUGGAAAGAAGACAUAAAGAUGAACUGUCACCAGCAGUAACCCUGCAGAACACAAACAGGUCAUCAAUGGACAGAAGACAAGAUUGAAAAGCAGUCAAUCUAAGAGCAGUGACGUAAAAGUAUAAAGAAUUUCACUUUAUUUUACAGAAACUGUUAAAAGCAAAUAUACCUUUAAGUGACUGACUGUUAGCCUGACUAUAUACUGCUGUGGACCGUUUG